AUGUCUCGCCUUUCUCUGAAAGAAAACAUUCGUUCUUCUGCGGUUUGCAAAACAUGGCAUGAAGCUGCUGUUUCUGUUCGGGAUCCUUGUCCUUGGCUUGUGUAUUUCGAUAUCGAUCUAAGUGGCGUCACUUAUGGAUUUUUCGAUCCAAGAGAGAAGGAAAAAACGAAAGCAAUGAAACUAACUAGUGACCUAUCCAUUUAUGCAAUUAUUUCUUACUCCAAAGAUGGGUGGUUACUCAUGGAAGAUUACCAUGAAGACACUAAAGUAUUAGUCUUCUUCAAUCCGUUUACUCAAGAGUGCAUAAAGCUGCAAAGUUUAAACGCAAUUGGAGCCAUUGGAACGGAGUUCGCGUUCUCUUGUGCACCUACAAACAAAAGUUGUGUAGUGUGUGGCAUAAGUGAUCGCACACCAGAUCAUUUUCUCAUCCACACUUGGUACGUCGGUGCAUGUGAAUGGGAAACCAACUCAUUCGCUAGACCAAAACCAUUAAAGUAUUAUGGGAAGAAAAACAUAAUAUUUUCGGAUGAUGUCUUUUGGUUUCCGGAUCGAGGUGGACUAGGAGUAUUCGAUCCAACAGCACGUACAUGGAAUACUAUUCAUGCGCCACUUCCAGACCUAAGCCCGUUUCUCAGGUGGAUAACCGAACAUCAAGGAAACAUAUUUCUUGUAGAUGUUCUCUCCAACAGGAGGGGACCAGGACAACUCGUGGUCGUGUUUAAAUUUAAUCCGUUGCGGUUGGUUUGGGAAAGGAAGAAAACAUUUGAUGGUUUGUCCAUCUUUAUUAGUGAUGAAUCAAGCAUUAUGACAUAUGGGCUCAAAGGGGAUAUAAAUAACAUAGUGUAUAUGUGGGAUUCUCAUUUAAACUCGGAUCGUCCAUGCAAAUACUCAUUGUAUACAAAUAGUUUUUGUACGGACCUUGAAGGCUAUUGUGUUGAAUCUUCUUCAACCAAUAAUGAGAUGCAUUAUGGCGCAUGGAUCGAGCCGCCCCAUAAUAGCUCUAUCUAUGGCUUUCCCAUUACAGAGUCCAAAUAG